CACACAUUGUUGCAAAGUCACUCUUUGUUUUGUCGUCGUUGAAUAAGUUUCAUUAUGUCUUAUCAGUUGCCACAAUACGCUACUUUAUUGCCACCUAACAGUUAUUACGCUACCGACCCAUCAUCGCAUUCUGAGCCUUACUUUGGACGCCGCGCCAUGUCUGUGAUGUCCUCUUCCAGUUAUCGAUAUUCUCCCAGUACGCACGAUCUGUUGGACGACAACACAUCCAUCCAUUCGGCGCCACUGGCCCCUGAUGAUACUGUGUACCUGUCCAAACAGGAUCUGUCAUCCUCCAUUGACGCUUACGAAGAUUUGUUAUCUGCCGCCAAAGUAUACAGGGAGCAAAUGGUCAAGCUCUCAAGUGCAGCUGCAGGAUUCGGCUUUGCACUUGAAAAAAUGGCUCGAAGUAAGACCGCGUCAGAAGCUGGACAAGGACUUCAGGCAGCAGCUGGCUUGCAAUUUCUGAUCUCCAAUCACCAACAGAUUCUGAGUGAUAUGUUUUACAAAUCAUUUGAAGCGCCAUUACUGGAGAAUCUUGACCAUCAUCGAAGUACUGUUCAGCAAAGUCAAGCAAACUAUGACGACGCAUUGAAAACAAUGAGCCACAAAAUUCGUCAGACGGAAGCCAACAAUCUAAAAAACGGUCGUAAAGGAAAGCGGGAUAUCCGGCAAUUUCGCAAGGCGCUUCAAGAACUCACAUGCCAAGUCGACGAAUUAGAUCGAAUUAAAUCGAAUUAUCAUAAACAUAUGGUUGAUCUCGAGCGACGAAAUCAUCAUCUCAUUUUGGGCAAAGUGGCGGUGGUUGUUCGAGCGCAAGUAGAUAUUUUUGAGCGGAUCUCUAACAAAGGGUUGGCGGAUCCAAUCUUGGAGCAGAUGAUGCAGCAACACCCCGACCCGUUCUGCGCUUACUCAACCACAACGGACGAAUCAGCUCAGAUUUUUACUGUAUUACCACCUGUUUCCCUCAUUGAACCUCAAACACCCGCCCUCUCUUUUGGUGAUCCCGAAGACUAUGAAUUCAAUGUCACCAGUUGCGCAAAAGAACCUUCAGACGAUGGAGUCUCCGCCGUUCAGUUGGUAAUACCCUCAAUAACAAAUCAUCAUCAAAGUCCUGCAUCUAGCAUAUACAAGCACGAGGAAACUUGGGAAGAGACUGGGACUUCCAGUGGGCCCGUGACCGUGAGUGAUGAACAUGGUGAACAUACUAGUUCAGACAGCACACACGGAUCACACCAAUCAUGGAGCGAAGUGCCACCCGACGAUACCAAGCCGUGAUUACCUAAACUUUCCUUUUUGAUUGACAAUUUCAUCUUGCAUCUACAUUGAGUAACUAAACGUUGUAGCUCAUGUUUUUUCUUUUUGUGUAAUCUUCUUCAUUUGCCUCAAAUAUAAAACCAUCAUCAUGACUGAAAAAGAA